UGUCCUUUUAUUCGAGAUUUCUUUAUUUUUUAGAGUGAGUCUUAUUGAACUUAGGGUUCCUUCUUUUCCACUUUUCGGUUUUUGUUCUUUGGGAGAGUUUGUUUCCUUCUGUUUAUUGGGGAUUUUGCUAAUUUGGGUUAUCGAUUCUCUUGCUAAUCUAAUCUGGGUCGGUGAGUUUUCUUCAAUUCCCUUGUAGGUCUCUCUGGUUGAAAUUUGGGGAAAUCCAGAGAUUUUUAGUGGUGGGAUUUUUAAGUUGUCAGCUUUACUGUAAGAUUUAGGGUUUUGAUUUGAUUUAGUGGUCUGGCGUGUUUGCACGAUGUUUAGUGCUCAAGUGUCUUUAAGGAACCAUUGUAGUCUACUUGCAGUUCUUUGUGAUGGUAAAGUUUCUGAUACUAAACAAAAGCAGCCGGUUUCCGAUUAUAAGCCGAAAUACUCGUUUCCGGAGCUUGCUUCUUCAGGGCGCCUAGAGGUUCAGCUUCUGAAUGAUCCUAGCAUCGAUGAGUUCCGGCAGGUUCUUGAAUCAUUGGAGCCGAAUAUUGUUUACUUGCAAGGAGAGCUGAAUGUGGAUAGGGAAGAGAUUGGCUCUCUGGUGUGGGGAGACGUAGACUUGUCCACUCCAGAAGCUUUAUGCGAACUAUUCGGAUCCACAUUGCCCACCACUGUUUAUCUAGAGGUCUCCAAUGGUGAUGAAUUGGCAGAGGCACUUCACUCCAAGGGAGUACCGUAUGUUAUAUAUUGGAAAAAUACAUUCUCAUGUUAUGCGGCUUGCCAUUUUCGUCAAGCACUGUUGUCGGUGAUACAAAGUUCAUGUAGCCAUACAUGGGAUGCGUUCCAACUCGCCCACGCUUCUUUUAGACUGUACUGUGUACGGAACAAUAAUAGCGUCUCUUCUAAUGGUGAGAAACAAAGUGUUAAGCCAGGACCUCGUCUGCUCGGGGAGCCUCCCAAGAUUGAUGUUUCCCAACCGGAGAUUGACAUGCAAGAGGAAGAAAGCUCUCCUGAAAAUUUUGCUGCCAUAAAGAUAUAUGAUGAUGAUGUGACUAUGAGGUUUCUUGUUUGUGGAUUGCCAUGCGCAUUGGAUGCAUUCCUUUUGGGAUCUUUGGAGGAUGGGCUUAAUGCCCUCUUAAGCAUAGAAAUACGAGGGAGUAAGCUCCACAACCGAGCGAGUGCUCCACCACCACCUCUUCAGACGGGAGCAUUUUCUCGAGGUGUAGUCACCAUGCGUUGUGACUUUUCAACCUGCAGUUCGACUCACAUAUCACUUCUAGUGUCUGGUAGUGCACAGACUUGUUUUAACGAUCAGAUUUUGGAAAAUCACAUAAAAAAUGAGCUUAUCGAGAAGAGUCAGUUAGUCUGUGCACAGUCAAGUUCCAAGGAGAGCAAAUCGCCCCCAUCCGAGCCUCGUAGAUCAUCGUCGAUUGCCUGUGGAGCAAGUGUUUUUGAAGUGUGCAUGAAGGUGCCGACAUGGGCUUCACAAGUAUUAAGGCAACUUGCACCAGAUGUGUCGUACCGCAGCUUAGUUAUGCUGGGGAUUGCUAGCAUCCAGGGUUUGUCAGUUGCAUCUUUCGAAAAAGAUGAUGCUGAACGUCUUCUUUUCUUUUGCAAAAACCUGGGCAAGGAUCCCUCCUUUGGUAGUUCAAUAACUGCCAGAACCCCGAGCUGGUUGGUGCCGCCGCCACCUUGUCGGAAAAGGUCAGAGCCAUGUAAAGACACUAAACCUCUAAACUGUACCGUCAUGGAAAGUGUAAAUGGUAUUUCAAGACCGAAAACUAAUAUUGCUGCUAUGAGACCAAUUCCACACACCCAUCGUCAUAAGAUGCUUCCCUUUUCUGGAUUGUCCAAGACCGAGAGAUAUGACGGUGACCUAGGAAAGGUUAACUUGCCGGUAGUUCCUGUGAAGCAACCUGCAUCUGUUACACAGCGGAAAGCAUUGUCGAGUUCUUAUCAAGCCCAGCAGAUUAUAUCUUUAAAUCCGUUACCUCUUAAGAAACAUGGUUGUGGUAGAGCCCCGAUACAGGUUUGCUCAGAGGAAGAAUUUUUGAGAGAUGUAAUGCAGUUUCUGAUUCUUCGAGGACAUACUCGGUUGGUUCCUCAAGGUGGGUUAGCCGAGUUUCCCGAUGCCAUUCUGAAUGCGAAGCGUCUUGACCUUUUUAACUUGUAUAGUGAGGUGGUGUCUAGAGGAGGUUUUCAUGUCGGGAACGGCAUAAAUUGGAAGGGACAAGUUUUUUCGAAGAUGCGCAAUCACACAUUGACAAAUAGAAUGACUGGAGUGGGCAACACUCUGAAAAGACAUUACGAGACUUACCUUUUAGAGUACGAACUGGCUCACGACGAUGUGGAUGGAGAAUGCUGUUUGUUAUGUCACAGUAGCGCUGCUGGUGACUGGGUGAACUGUGGAGUUUGUGGCGAAUGGGCUCACUUCGGCUGCGACAGGCGGCUAGGACUCGGAGCUUUUAAGGAUUAUGCGAAGACAGAUGGGCUGGAGUACGUUUGUCCGCACUGCAGCAUCUCGAGUCUUAAGAAGAAAACGAAACCGAUGAACGGUUAUUGACAUGCAUAGCCAUUAAC